AACUGCUGCCCCCUUCUCCCCUCUCCACGUUCCCAUUGGGGAGGUGAGCCCAGCAUCCCAGACUUGUGUGACUAUAUAGGCAAGCAUUUGGAGACUAACUUUACUUUGUUACCCCAGCCCUCAGUGGCUCAAGGUUGGCUUUCUGAGCAGAUAAUAGGCUUCGAAGUAGCACAGUUCCCUACUCUCAGCAAGCCCAACACCAUGGGGAAGGGAGACACCUCAGAGGUAGCACCACCUACCUCAGCCUACCGCUCUGUCAUGGAGGACUAUGGUUACGAGGUGGGCAAGGUCAUUGGCAAUGGCUCCUAUGGGACGGUGUAUGAGGCUUACUACACAAAGCAGAAGGUCAUGGUGGCUGUCAAGAUCAUCUCAAAGAAGAAGGCCUCUGAGGACUAUCUUAACAAGUUCCUGCCCCGUGAGAUACAGGUCAUGAGGGUCCUGCGGCACAAGUACCUCAUCAACUUCUACCAGGCCAUCGAAACCACAUCCCGAGUAUACAUCAUUCUGGAGCUGGCUCAGGGCGGUGAUGUCCUUGAGUGGAUCCAGCGAUACGGGGCUUGUUCUGAGCCCCUUGCUGGCAAGUGGUUCUCCCAGAUGACCCUGGGCAUCGCCUACCUGCACAGCAAGGGCAUCGUGCACCGCCUGACCCCCAGCCUUUCUGCUGCUGGUAGGGACUUAAAGUUGGAGAACCUGUUGCUGGACAAGCGGGAGAAUGUGAAGAUAUCAGACUUUGGCUUCGCCAAGAUGGUGCCUUCUAACCAGACAGUGCAUAGUAGCCCUUCUUACCGCCAAACGAACUGCUUUACAAACCACCUCAGCCAGACCUACUGUGGCAGCUUCGCUUAUGCAUGCCCGGAGAUCUUGCUGGGCUUGCCCUACAACCCUUUCCUGUCUGACACCUGGAGCAUGGGCGUCAUCCUCUACACUCUAGUGGUCGCCCGGCUGCCCUUCGAUGACACCAAUCUCAAGAAGCUGCUGAAAGAGACUCAAAAGGAGGUCACUUUUCCAUCUAACUACUCCAUCUCCCAGGAGUGCAAGAACCUGGUCCUCCAGACGCUACGCCAAGCCACCAAGCGUGCCACCAUCCUGGACAUCAUCAAGGAUCCUUGGGUGCUCAAGUUCCAGCCUGAGCAACCCACCCAGGAGAUCAGGCUGCUUGAGGCCAUGUGCCAACCCUCCAGCACCACUAAUCGGCACCAAUCCUUGGAAAUCAAUACCUAAAAAUGGCUGAAGGAAGGGGUUGGAAGAGGAGCAAAGCAGGAGGGUCUGGGGCUAAAAAUCCUUUAUACCAAAAAUAAAUCUAUUUCUGAUUUAGUUUCAUCA